AUCGCCAUUUGUCAGAGGAUUGCAGACGAAAUACUGAUUUCUUACAAAAAAUGUAGCAUUUUGAUGCUUUCAGAUUAAUGUCUGCGGCUUUGGCUAUGUUCAGAACCAAAACAACUCAUGGGGAUAUUAAAAAAUCAGCACAGAAAGUUUCUGAUCACAAGAAAGACAGUAUUACCAGGCUGAAACACCUUCGGCUUGUGAUAGAUAAUUAUGAAGUUAUUGAGGCUAAAGCAUUCUUUGAAUCCAAUUACUCCCACAUAUAUUACAUAUUUAAUGACAAUUUUGCUACAGUAGAAGCAGAUUUAAAGCAGAGAGCCAAUAAAGCACACAGAGAAGAAUUGGAAGGAAUUCUUAAUGUAUUUGAGAAAAUACUGUUGUUGUUACCAGAGUUAGUUCAAAGAAGAUGGAUGUUUCACAGUAUUGGUCGAAUAAUGAAGAAACUUCUUCAUCCUGGAAAUGGUAUAAAGACAAGAAAAGAAGGAAUGCGAUUGUUCAUUAUUUGGUACCAGAUAUUACAGGAGAGUGCUUCAGAGGAAUGUCAUGAUAUUUUUCUACAACUGGUUCCUGGUUUGGGUGAUGGUAUAGAUCAAACAGCCCUCCAGAGUAAAUCAACUGCAGACAGUUUUGGUGGGAUGAUAUCGCCUGAUGAAAUUACACCAAUUCUACCCAGCAGUGGAGAGAAACUUCCAGAUAAUGUUACAAAACAUUUCUUUGACUGUCUCAUAUAUUACUUAGUGUCAGAGGUGUCUAAAAUUGUAUGGCUUAAUGACAGAAUGAGAGAGACCGGAUUUGUUUUUCUGUUUUAUAAGUUUAAGUCAUCUUACCUAAAAUGGUUGUUACCAGAUUUUGAUAAAAAUAGUAGUGUUUACAGGCCAGACCUAGAUUUACCAAGUGUCAGGAAGAUGGAAGAUAUGAAGAGUAAGGACUUGCCCAAUAAUGUGGCAGAAUGUAGAUAUUCUUAUAUUAAAUGGUUGGCACAUUUCAUGAUAAACAGAAAACAAGAAGAUGAAACAAGGGAACCUGAACAGGAAACAACAGAUUCCACAGAUGUUGAUCCAUCGAAAGAACAAGUUGAGUUUAGGAAUAAUACAGCAGAGAGAAUGCCAGGCAGCAAUACAAGUACCUUGUCAACAACAUCUCACGGCUCCGAACAUGAUUCUACCAACUCAAGCCUUUGUUAUGAAGAAUUUGAAAAUGAAAAUGAUAUUGUUAGAAGUGUCUUAUUUUCAACUAGAGAAAAUGUCAAUGUUAUACAUGAAUCUUUCAGACAAGCAUUGUUGUUUACAUUCAAACAGGCAAAAGCAAUAAAAACUGUAAUUGGUGUGUACAAAGAUUGGUUCCAGCAUGCUGAUUGUAAACCAAUUUUUAUGCAAGAGCCUUGUGAUAUGGAGCAUGGAAGUCAUAAUAGAGAAACAGCAGAAAUACCUUCAACUCUAUCUGAUAUCUUAGAGGAGGAUGCUUCAUCAGAUGAAUCAACGUUAAUGAACUCUGGAAGAAUCAUGCCAUCAUCAUCAGAGCGAUUAGACAAAACUGGUGUGUGUAUACGUAAUCCUUCCUAUCUUGGUGCAAUAGAUGAUUUGGCAGAGGAUCAUACUCACUGUGAUAUACAAGCUGGUGUACAGAAAGUAUUACAGAUCUUUAUAACUAAUGCUUCUAAUGUCUUCCUUCUACAAACAGAAGAUUCAGAAAUGUUGGUAGAACAGGUUGAUCUCUGCAAAAAGGUGCUUAAUAUUUAUAGAUUCCUUGUGAUGAAUGUUAAGAUGGAACAGAGAACCUGGGAACAGAUGUUGCAAGUUCUUCUGUCUAUUACAUCUGGGGUGCUUGAAACCACAGUGCCUAAUGAAAAGGAAAAGUCACUAGGAGGAAAACUAGCACAAGCAAUAUUUCAGACUUUAAUAGUAACCUGGAUCAAGGCAAACCUGAAUGUUUUUAUUAGUGUAGAAUUGUGGGAUAAGUUCUUAGAGGUCCUGUCAUCACUGACUUCAUGGCCUGAACUAAUAACAGAAUGGGCGAAAACUAUGGAAACACUGACUCGUAUGUUGGCAAAACAGGUUUAUAAUUUAGAUUUACUGGAUUUGCCACUACAAAGAUUGAGUGAACAAAAGGAAAAGAGAAGGCGUGGAAGAAGUCAAGAUAUUCCUAAAAGUAAAAUCAACGACAAGAGCUUUUCUAAAGCAUGGAGUAAAAGUGAUUUACCCACAGAAACCCACUCGUCUUCUAGUAUACAUGGGUCAUCAUUUGAAAGAGGGAAACUGAAUAAAAGUGAUGGAGCAGGAGGAAGUAGAUCCAGACCUGAUUUAGGAAAACAAAGAUCAAGCAGCAAUGUUGCCUCACCUACUCACUCUAGAACACCUUCAAAUGCUUCAGAUACAGCUCUGUACGUCCACUCAAAAACAACUGAAAAUUUUUUUACUGACCCAGUAGAGUUUUUAGAGCAAUUGAAGGGAAGCACAACACUUGCUUCACCAAAAGAUGAAGACAAAAGCAAUGAUGUAGAAAAUGGGGUAUUUGCUGAAACAUCAUUUAUUUUGGAUUCAGCAUGUGACAUUACUAUUAUUCAAUCUCCACCUGGUAAUGUUUCAGCGGCAGGCUCAGAAGACCAGGAGGUGGCCUCCAUUACCAUGUCUUCUUUGGAGGAUGCAGAUAAGCUACUGGAUGAAAGUACAGACAUUAACUUUGAUAAAAGAUAUUCCAGAUCUCCAUCACCUGGAUCUGUCAAUUCUAGAACUCCUUCACCCAUAUGUGAAUUAAAUGUAGAAAACCAAGUACUUCACAAAGACAGUCCAACAGCAGACAGAGACAGUCUACAUAUAGAAAUGGUUGUUGCCUCAGAUGAAUCUCAUCUAGCUACAGUGUCAGAAUCCUUAGAGGAUAUGAAAGGGGUGUUAGCUGGAGGCUUGGUAACAGGAUGGACACCAGAUGUCGCAGUAGGGUUGUGGAGACGCAUGCUAGGAACUUUAGGAGGAGUCAAUAAAAUAGAAGAUGCAGAAAAUCAUGCACUUGUGUUUGAAGAACUCAGUUUAUUGAUCGAAACAAUGAAUAAGAUGAAAGAGAAUGCAGGUGUAUCAUUAGACAAUUUGUCAUCACCAUUGCCAUCAGAAUAUAUACCACCACUGUUUUAUUUUGCACCAUGGCUUUUUGAGUGUCUAUCCUUGUCCAAUAAAUACAAGAGAGGAAAGUUGUUAGCAUACCAACUGUUGUGUCAGAUGAUAGUUCAACGACACGAUGUACCUGUUCCUUCAGAAAUGGCCUCACAGUUUUAUCUCUUAUUACACAGAGGAUUAGUGUCAAAUGAUCAGGAUAUUAUCAAUGUAUUGGUAAAAUAUUGUGGCGUGAAGUUUCUGUCAAUGUCUGUAACAGGAUCUUCAUUAUUAGUAUUAGACUUUAUACAGGCAGCAGGAGCUGUUAUUUCAGCUGUCGAUAUCAACUCAUGUCCAAGACCAGAAGCUGUGUCCAUAUUAGGAGGCCUGACUUGUUUUCCUAAUCACUUUACAGAAUUUCAAGUGAUAGACUCCAAUUAUCUUAUGCUGAAAAAGCUACAGUCAAAAGAUUUUAAGGAACAGAUAAUGAUUCAUCUCCUAAGAGCUGGAAAGAAAGAACAAAGUGGAUAUGCUAGAUCAGUAGCAGUUAGUGGGAUUGGUAUAUUUCUGUAUGAAGAAUUAAGUCAUGGUACAUUACACCCUAAACUUAAUGAGGCCUUUAUUGUCAUCUUUGGCAAUCUAAGGUGUGUGAACAGAAGUGUUGCUAGGGUUGCUACAGAUAUGUUAGCAAUGUUGGUGGAUCAUAUAAAAGUAUUACUUGAUUAUCAUCCAGAAUUACCAAAGAGAAUUAUUGAGGUUGUGAUGGCUACAGUAUCAACUUUAAUUCCUGUGUCUGGAGUUUCAAAUUCUGAUGAGGAAAAAAAGCUAAUCAUUUCUAUGAUGUUCUGUGUUGUGGAUUGGUGUAUGAAAAUGCCUAUUAAUUCACUUCUAGAAACAACAGAUUCUGAUAAAGGAUGUAUAUAUAAAGUCUUUCAGAUGUUGAAUUAUGGUGUUUCUGGUCAUACUGAGGAAACACUGAAUCAAGUAAAGCAGUCACUGAUUGGUAUGAUACAAGAUGCAGAUUUUGAUAACUUACGAGAUCUGACAUCUAAUUAUACCAGGAGGCCUAGUCCAGAUAAGAUGUCUAGUCGGUCAACAGAUAGUCCUAAACCAGAAUCUCUUGAUACAGUCAAACUGGCCGCUAAAACACUUAUAAAUCAUCUAGUCAACCAUUUGUGCCAUUUCCCAAUGGGAUCAGGAGCAUCCAGAAUAAACAGUUCUAUACAGGAAUACCAUGACUGGGAAGACAUGACCUGUGAUGACCUCAAGUCAGAUCUGUUCUUCUCACCAAACUUGCAGUUUUUCAUUUUGAACAAAAGAACUUUGAUAUCAUUCAUAGAGCUUUCUGCAUUGACAAAUGCUCCAGGAGGUGGAGUAACAGCAGGAUUGACCACUGCUAGAACUGUUUGUCGUGUGAUAUUGAGAGACCUUACUGGAAAAUACUCAUGGGAUAGUUCUGUACUUUAUGCCCCACCAUGGUGUAAUAAGGGAUCAUCUUUAAACAAUGCCAAAGCUUUGCUGGAUAUUUGUACUGAAAUUGAGAGGGAGCCACUUUUGAUACAGGAAGAAGAAUUACCACCAUCAAUACUCCCUAUUACUGGUCAUAGAUCUUCUUCACAGAUUCCUUAUCACCAGACAGAUAAUGAAGUGGAAUAUGACAAUUUAAAUGAUCUCCUAGGUUAUAUUGGCUAUACAAGCCCUGAGUGUAUCUUGGAACCUGGUUUACCAUUGAAUGUUGAAGCACCUAUACCUGAAGGUUUAAGUGAAGAUGCUGAAAAUGUUGUUACAGAUAUGGUGAUAGAUCAGAAACUUGGAGAGCUGGAAUAUUACCAAAAACAUAAAAAUAGUCAAAGACAUGUGGAGAAUGUGAAUUUGAUUGCUCAGCCACAGAUGCCAUUAGAGGUUCAGGAUCCUGUAUCACCAUUUCAAAUUUGCAGAAUGCUUCUUAAUCAGAUGGGGCUGUUAGCAUGGGAGAAAAGAUGCAGUUUUGAUCUUUUGAAGAAAUCUGACAGUAUGCUUAGACAGCUAAAGUAUUUAGAUAAUCAAAAGUGUCGAGAAACACACAAGUUUGCUGUGAUAUAUGUAGCAGAAGGACAGGAAGAUAAAAACUCAAUCCUAAAUAAUAUUGGAGGAAGUAAAGCGUAUGAAGACUUUAUAUCAGGAUUAGGCUGGGAGAUUGAUUUAGAAACUCACCAGGGAUUCCUUGGAGGUUUACACCAGAACAAAUCUACAGGAGAUACUGCCCCUUAUUUUGCUACUUCUUUGUACGAGUGUAUAUAUCAUGUCUCUACCAGAAUGCCCUCAGGUUCAGAUGAAGCAAUCCAUACAAAGAUCAAACAUUUAGGAAAUGAUGAAGUACACAUUGUAUGGUCAGAACAUUUCCGUGAUUAUAGAAGAGGUAUUAUACCUACAGAGUUUGGUGAUGUUAUAAUAGUCAUUUAUCCUUUACCUAAUGGUUUGUACAGAAUACAGAUUAUCAGGAAAGCAGAGAUUCCAUAUUUUGGACCUCUCUUUAAUGGUGCAAUAGUGGAUCGUAAAAUCCUACCCGGUCUAGUCAGGGCUGCUGCAAUAAAUGCAAGUCGUAUUAAAAGGGCUCAAAUGUCCUUGUAUCACUCAUUUUAUGAGGAACGUGCCAAAGGUUUCGACACAUUAGUACAAAACCAUAUAGACAUGACAAUGUUUGAAGAUUUCUCAGCAAGUGUGUUUGCUCCAGUUCUCCCAGCUAAUUCUACAAUAUGUGACCAAAGUACAGACUUGCCACAGAGUGCAAGUUCCAGUUCAUUAGAACAGACAUUUACAAGUCCUGAUCAAAUGUCUCCCUCUAGUGCUAGACAAAGUCGAGGUAGUAGCACUGAUACUGCUAAUGAAGAAGGCCCUAUUAAAAGAACAGCCAGAAGACUUUCAUUACGUUCAAGAAAAACGGGGAAAUCUACUUCUGUAACUCCUCCUUCUAGUCCACUUUUAAAACAGUAAUGUAACUCAUCUCUAGGAUAUUCAAUUUGUCUAUAUACACAUUAUUUAUUUGAAGGGUUGUUUACAGUUUAACAAUGUAGGGUAUUUCUUUUAGAAUCUCUCCAAAUACAUUUUACAGUCAUUUUUUUUUUUUACCUUAGACUUAUCAUUUCCAGUAAAAUUUUACCAAAUUCUCAUCCACCUUUGUCCCAAACAUUUGAGGACUGUGAAUGAACAGUUUUACUAUGGAAGUAUAUUUUUUUAUUUAUUUGAUACAUAGGAUGCUUUCCAUUAUGCAGGUUCAGCUGGUUGCUCCUAAAAAUCUAGUUACCAUGAACCAUUAAUUCAUUAAUGUUAGGAUACCAGUAAAAUGCUUAUUUUUGCAAAUUUUAUUGAUUCAAACAGGAUAAUAAAACACAUCUUAAUUCUCAGCUAUUUUCAUGAUUUAAUACCGGUAAUAUAUAUGAUCAAUUAAGGCAUUGUGGCACAUUAUGGGAUGGAGAUGAUUGACCACAAUUAAACUUUAUUUGAUUUUCAUUAUAAUUAUUUGAUUUGCAGAAAUAAAUAAUGAGAAAUAGGACAUUUUCGGUUGCCUCUUUUAUUCAAUUUCUACGUUUAUGAUAUUGAGCAGAUAUUUUAGAAAAGUUUUGAAUUGUUAACAAAGAUAUGAUGAAUCAAAUGUUUGAAAAGUAUAGUAAUAUGAAACUUAUAGUAUGGGUGUGUGAAGAAAAUUCAAUAUCUGUCAAAUGUAUAUGGAGAUUAUCUAAAAUUAAGGCAAAUAUUGAAGAAAUUUCAAUGUUUAGUAUGUAUGAAACAUUUGUUUAAAGUGAUGGUGGAUGAUAAGAAAUCUCAUAUUAUGGUGAUCACCCUUUGAUUGUUUGGAAUGGAGCUAAACUGAAGGUGUUUAUUUUUUCACUUUGAGAGGCAUCGUAUUUCUAUAUAUUUAUGAAACUUUUAUUAGGUUACAAAAAGAGCUAUUUGUAAUGAUAAAUAAAGUUGUUUAUAAUAGUUCACAGGAUUUAGAAUUUUAGCAAAAGAAAUCCUUAUCUAUUUAUCCUUAUUAUUAGUGGGUGGGGAUAUAACAUUCAGCAGCAAAUUUGACAUGACUAUUCAGGAUGAGAACAUGUUAGUACAGUGUUACUGUGAUGAAUUUAUAAACCUUGCUUUGAACUGGACCAACAUGCUGAGCCAGUUAUUCAACAUGCUUAGUUGCUCAAAUGAUAAGAAGACAUGUUACACUUGUGGUGUGCAUGCAAGUAUAAGGUCAAAGGUGGGGUUAGAAAUGUUUAGUAGUGUUAAAUAGUGAGUUCAAGUAAGUUACAGGUGGUUCACAAAGAAAGGAUAUAAACUUUUAUUUUGUUGAAAUUUUCAGGAAAAUUUUCUCUUUGAAUAGUCUUUCACGUUCCUCCAUGAAAAUCAAAAGGGUGUCACCGUAAGGUUAAAACAUUAUUGUGGUUUUGUAUUAUUUGUUGAAGUGUUCAUUUAUAUUUAUUUAUUAAAGGGAUUUAGUAUUUAUGUAUAGUCCUGUUAGUACUAAUAAUACUGUGGAUUCAUUAUUAUUCGUUGAAUACCAAUUUUUGUGGAUAUCAUGGGUACUGUUGAACCACAAACUUAAAUGUUCAACGAAUGACACAUUUUCUAUUAGGUUGUAUGCAGACUUUAGAAAAACCACAAAAUUAGAUAUCCUAUUAGAGUUUUCCUCAAUCCAUGAAAAUUGGUACUCUCUGAUAUAAAUGAACCCACAGUAAGUGUAAUCUGUUAGUUAUCAUAGUUAAAGCUAGGCUGUGAUAUCAAAUAUUGUGUAUUAUUUUUAAAAUUUUAAUAUUUAGCACCUUUUAAUACCCUAAACCAAAGGUCUUGAUGGUGUAAAACACAUAAUUUUUCACAAGAUACUUUAGUUUUUAUGGUAUCAAAUGGCUUGCAAUUGAACUGUGAGUUUCUGCUAAGGUAGAUCAGAUAUUCUCCUGAAAUGGAUGAAAGAUUGAAGGUUUUUACAUACAAAUUAAAUGGAACUUGUCAUAUCUCUUUGUUUAUUAAAACAACAUUUACAUUGAAGAACAGUCAGUUAUUCUUGAAUGUUAUCAAAGACCUAUUUCAAAAGGAUGCUUGUAAAUUUUUUUUUUAUGUUAUGUAUGUUCUAAUGCUUAUAUCUGAAUCAAAAGAGAUUUAUAAUUGCUAAUUACUUUAUUCCUAUCUUAGUGUUUGAAUAAGUUAAAAACACUGUUAGUAUUCUCUUUCCGUAUACAGUAUUUAAUAUUCUCAGGGAAUUUAAAAGUGCAUUUAUUGUAGCUACUUAUAAUGUAAUAUAUCUAUUUUUAUUGUAUUCAGAAUAGGAAAAGCUAUUUGUUCAAUUCAGAAGAGAUACAAAUAGACAAGUCAUUAUUAGGAAUUAUACUAAGCUUAAAUGAUUUGUUAGAAAAGUCAUAACAUUAUAAAAAUGAACAUUACAUUUAGAUAGAAAUAAUUGCAACUUCUUAUAACUAAGUGCAUGCAGCAUUGACAGCAAACAGUUUUAAAUUUUUUUUUGGUUAGCUGAAAUAUAAUUUCGAUAGACAUUCAUCACUAUUUAGAAGUACUAGGACAUGCAGACCAGAGAAAUCCUAUCCAGCAUUGUUAUUUGGUUGUUCAUUACCCCGUUUUAUGUUCAGCUAAGUUAAAAGGAUGCUUGUAAAUUUUAAUUUUUUGUAAUGUAUGUUCUAAUGCAUAUAUCUGAAUCAAAAGAGUUUUCUAAUUGUCAGUUACUUUAUUUCUAUCCUUUUAGUAAUGUUGUUAUUUUUUUUUUUGCAAUGUGAGGCUGUCCCAACAUUUGUAGUUAAUGUAGGUUAUUGGUCUGGUCAGUAUAUACUCAUACAAUAAAAUGAAUGUGCAAUACAAGACAUUGUGCCAUAUUAUUGGUAUCACUGCCAUUGUUGGCAUACUUAUAGAAUCAUCUUAAUAUGUACUGUUGUGAUGUUAUAAUUAUCAUUUACAUGUUUAUAUUCUCCUCAGUUCUUUAAUAUCUUAUAUUUCACAUAUAUAAAUUGUGAUUUUCUGAAAGUGAAAUAAAUUUAUGGUGUAACAGU